AUGUCUGUGAAAUGUAGUUGUGGUGUCCCAAUUGCAAAGGUUAGAUCUUGGACAAAGGAUAAUCCUGGGAGGUGGUUUUUGGCUUGUAAAUUCUAUCAUCCUGAAACAGGGCAUAGGGGAUGCAAAUUCUUUAGAUGGGUGAAUGAUGAGAUGACAGAAUGGCAACGAAUUGUGAUUAAUGAUCUUGUUGAUGAGAAGAAGUUUUUGUUGGAUGAGUUGAAGGUGGUAAAGCAAGAAAUGGCUUUAUUGAAGGGUGACGAAUUGAAAGUUGAAGCACAAUUUGAAAAGUUGAAGUUGAAAUUAAAGAUGAAGAAGGAGAAGGUUAAGCCAACGGGAACAUUAAGUUUGGGGAUUCAAAUAGGGAUUUGUGUGCUAGUUUCUGUCAUAGCUAGCAUAAUGUUUGUAAAUUUUAUGAAUCGAAAAAAGCAAGUUGUAACAACUCAUUUUGUAAUCUGUAUGUAA